AGACUUCUAUGAUGCUUCAGCUAUUAGUACUAGCCCUGUAUGGAAUGCGCUUAGGUGCGAUACUGUGUAAAUACCAGGGCACUUACAGUACACAUAGAGUAAGUAUAGUAUCAACAGUCCACACAAGCACGUUUUUAAUUGUUAAAUUCUGCUGUUAUCAACUGCAGCGACUUCGCUUAUCAAUAUUACGAAUGGGGUAAGAAUUACCAAUGUUUUCUUGUCCAUUUCUUCUGUAAUAUAUUCGUGUGUACACAGCCACACAGUGGAGCCUGGAGCCAGACAGGACAUUUCCAUCCAGCAUAAUGUAAUUUUAUUAUGUUCAGAAGACUGUUGCAGAGUUCAAAAUCCAGUAAACUAGCUAUUCUAAAUAUACAUUGAUAUUUUUUAAAAUGUGAGAAUAUUCAGACAUGGAGUAUUUAAUUACAUAGUAUUCUGAAUACUGUUCUGAAUAUCUGUAAUGAUGUUGCAACCCCCAAAGUUGAUGGUUUAUACUCCAUUACAAAGCAAGGGGCCUAAAACAUUUUGUAGUUAAGAGAAAUCACAAUCCAUCUUGAUUAUGGAGCCACAAAUUAAAAUGAACAACUCCUUUUCUGAUCCAAAUAAACUUUUUUUUAUUUACUAAAACAAAAUUGUUUGUCUUUUAACACUUAAAAUGUGAAAAUCUAAAACAAGUAUGUAAUUUUAUUAUUAUUAUUAUUAUUAUUAUUAUUAUUAUUAUUAUUAUUAUUAUUAUUUGAAGAUGUUUAUUGCUGAAUCGAAUCAACUCAUUCUGCGAUCAAAAAAAAAAGCGUAACAAAAUUAUAGGGUAAGAUUUAAUACGCACUUGAUCCACUGUUAGAAGAUAAAAAGGGAGCCAACAUUGUAUCGUUUAUAACACAUUCAUGUAGGCUACAUAACUGCAGAAUCCCCAAUGAUGUGUUGUUCUAUUUACUAGCAAAUACAAUAUGCUACUCACUAUUCAAUGGUAAGCUUGAAGGCACAUUCCAAGACAGAACCCCUGGAAGCCAAAUCGCAUGUGUCUUCUUUAUAGUUAAAGCAGCACAAUAAUUUCACUCGGCUAAAACGGAAACAUCUGUACGUGACAAAUAUUUCCUCUAAUAUGUUUUUUAUAUAUAAAUUAUUAUUAUCAUUAUUGACGGUAAGAGAUAACUGACAGAAUUAUGGUUCUGUUUCCGACAGUUCAUUUAGUCCUUUCCUGAUUGGAAAAAACGUGACAUAUUUUUCUAAAUUCGCAUCAGCAUCAUGCAUCCUUUGUAAAUUGAUUUGGUUGCGCAGUAGAUGUUUAUUAUUAUAGACAGAUAGUAAAAGCCAAAGAGUUUUUUUCCCAGACAAUUUACGGCUAUAAAUCUAACCUGUUUUGCCUUUUUUUUUUUUUUAAAUAAAUAAAAUAUUUUAUUAUCUGGCGCACUACAGAGAAAGUUCCCCGUUUGUUACAUUAAACAAAGUGGCAACUGUAACCUAAUAGUCAUGUUAUCUGAUCUAUUGAUUCAAGUGUAGCCUCUUAAAUACACAUUGUGGAAACCUGCUCCGAAAUUGAUACCUGCACUGAUUUUGUGAUGUGGGAGUUUCCUGAUGGGACCGUCCAACUAGCUCUAAGACCUAGCGACAUUAUUCUCCAGUUAAAUAACAAGAAGACAGCUAAGCCUUUCCAAGGAAAUCUAUUUCCUGGAGCUUCUCCUGAGAACUUGCAGAGCAGCUGCGGACGUGUACCUUGUGUGUGGCUUUUAAUACUCUGGUUUUCAGAGACGUGAUAUAAAACUUGCUGCAGGUGCAAGUAUUAAAACAGGAAAUACCUUAAACGUGAAGGAAUCUUGGGAUCACACUGACCAUUAUUCCUUCUAAAUCCAAUGGGACUUUACUUUUGAUGGUAAGUUUAACUUUGUUUCAUUGAUGAAAGCGCUGUGUGUUUUUCUUCUCUGAUGGAAGAAACUAAGGAAGUUUUCUUUUCAAAUCUGCGUUGGGAUUUAGAGAACGUCAGCAACUUUUUUUGUUUUAAGUUUUAGUCUACAGCAUAAAUUAAUAUACAUCCAUAUUUCAAUAUACCCUACAGAUAGUUUAAGCAAAUCCAUUCUAUAUUUAUUUUAAUGCAUGUUUGAUAUGCUCUGUUUAUUUUUAUGGCCGUCAUGUAUAUAAAGCAAUACAUUAUUGUCAUUAUUAUCUAUAGAAAGCUGUUCAUAUUUAUAGAAUUCUACAAUUCUACAGAUUAUUAGCAAUUGAGCACAAUUAAAAUGUAUAGAUUUUUGGUUAUAUUGUAUAUAAUGUAUAUAGUGAGCAAUGUUUCUUUUGAAAACUAUACAUUUCUAUUAAUACAUUUACUAGGUUAUCCCUGUUUUGAAUACUGAUCUAUUGUUAAGUUAAAAUACAGUAAGUCUAAUAUUUGGAUAAAAAGCUGAAUUACAGAAGCAUAUUGUGCAUUAAUUAACCUGUUUCUAGACUAUUUGUUUCUUUAACAAAAGCGACAGUCUAAUGGUUUCCUGAAUAUCACACUUUUAUUAUAUUCUUUAAAACAGAAUUGGAAAAAUAACUCAAAAGGUAAAGCUUUGUGAAUAGGGUCUUAUAAUUUGUACGAUACACUGCUGUUUAAUGUGGUUAAAAAUGACACUGUGCCGUUAGCUUUGUAAGAAUUAAGAUCAUAAGCACCAGUGAAAUGAUCUUGAUGCCUGGAUAGGAUAAAGCCAGCUGCUAAAGAAAUCAUCAAACUGAAAAUGAUUCAAUUUUCAGUUUUUUGUCUCUUAUUGGUUUAGGACCCCUAUGUUUGCCAGCUACUUCAGGUUGCUGAGAUGAGUUGCAGACUAUGCAGCGAUAUCCAUUAGCUCACUAACCACUUUGGGAGUCCCACACUGGUCAUUUUUGCUCUUCGUUAUUGGCUCCCUCCUUUUCUUGUGUUGAUCUUGGUGAUGAAAGCGAUGGCGACUGAGUUCAUCAAAAACUGCUGCAAGGGCCUGCUGUCGAAAGAGAAAGAAGCUGAACCUGAAGCUAUAAAGGAACAUGUUGCUCCGCCCAGGUCUAGGAAGUCUCUGAGUGACACGGAGAGUGAACGGUCGCCGGUGGGAUCCGUUUAUGGGAAGAAGCGAGUCGGAUGCACUGAGCACUUCCUCCUCUCCAGACCCCCUUUGGAUGGGAGGCAGGUCCCUUUUGUUGUGCCAACCCUUAAACCGUCCUACAUCCAACCCAACAGUCAUUUGAACUCCAGCUACCCGGAAGGACUGCAAGGUUCAGCCAGGAGUAUGUUCAAUGACAGGAAGGGGGAGCUGUCUGGUAUGAGUCAGCUUGGGAUAGAUCCUGAUGCGGUUUUCCACCCCAGCUAUAUGCUCCAUCAUGUGUCCCCGGGAUCAGUAAGACGUCCACCUGAGCAAGUAAAGGGACUGAACAAGCAUGGAUCAGUGUGGGACUUGAAAGGCAACAAGUCACCAGUCUCCCCAGGUUUAAGCAGCUCCAUGUUUGAUCUUGCUACACCACACAGUCACAUUCAGCGCUAUGACUCGGUGUCCAGUGUCCAGAGCAGUGAGUCCUCCAUGAGAGACUCCCUGGGAAGUAAUCGCAGUCUAGAAUCCAUAACUCUCUCCGGGGAUGAAAGGGAGUUGGGGAAGCUGCAUGUGAGGCUGUGUUAUCAAGUUUCUCAUGAGCAGAUUUGGAUCACAGUAGUCAGGUGCAAAGACUUGUAUCUGGCUUCAGGGAGCGGAGACCAUCCUGUUAUCGGGAUUAAAGGGACCAUCACCUUACCAAAGCCAGUGCAGUUCAAGUCUUCAGUCAAAGAAGGCACUCAUGAGCUGGAGUUCAUGGAGACCUUCGUGUUUGCUCUGAAGCUGCAGCAGCUCCAGACAGUGGGCCUGGUGUUUAAGGUGCUGACCCACCACCCUCGGAAGAGGACCAUUGGGGAGUGUGCCAUGUCCCUACGCAAGCUUAGCUCUGUGGAGAGCGAACAUUGGCUGGACAUCACUCCCAUUUCCAAAGCCCUGCCCUGCCAUGCUGAGCUCCACAUUGGAACCUGUUUUCAGCCAGUCAGCAGCAGGAUUCAGCUGCAGAUUCUGGCUGCACAGAACCUCCCCAGCUCUUCCACGCCACUGGGCUCGAGUUUCUCUGUGAAGAUAGAGAUGCACGAUGUGAAUGGUCUGGUUGCUAAGAAGAAGACCAGAGCGCUGAAGUCCACCAAUGGACAGGUGAAGUGGGGCGAGACCUUCCUGUUCCCCAUCGCACAAGGGGAGCAAGGCAUCCGUUUCACUGUGCGACUGUACAGCCGCAGCUCUGUGCGGAGGAAACACUUCCUAGGCAAGGUCCAGAUGGGCUGGGAAAACAGCUCCAGUGAGGCAACGGAACAGUGGAUAGAUACGACCACAAACCCUGAAAAGGUGGUAGUCAUGUGGCAGAAGCUGAACCCAAUCUGAGGGAGUCCUCUCCAUAGGAAUUUGACAUUUUUUAAUGUUUUUUUUACUAUCUUCUAGUGCUUGUAUAGUUACUGGACAUUUGUCAUUCUCAUGGAAGCACGCAAACUGUCUUUUUUAAAGAAACUUCAUUCAUGGAUAUAUCAAGGGCAACUCUCUUCCAUGAUUAAUAUGGUCAACUGCCUUCUAUACAGUUUACAUUGAAAGUAACUGACUUACCGUGACUGGUCAUAUUAUGGACAAAACAAACUUCAUUGUGAUCAGUGUAAGAGGAGAUGAGAAUUCAAGACCAAUCGUAAAAGAAGGAACUAAAAUGAUGUUUCAAAUGGUCACUAUACGUGCUCGUACUGAGCACAUUAACUACAAGUCUCUGAUUACUGAAUCUGUCUCUGCAUUACUGGGAUUUCAUUAUUUUUUAUUCUGUUGUGUGAAUAGGAUGUCUUGGUGUUUGAUUUUUCAGCACUGUGCUUUUUUCUUUAUUUAUUUAAGAUACCAGUUAAGUCUUUCCAACUGUGUCCUAUAGACAUAGAAGACUACUAAACAAGUAUGCAAAUUGAAAAUAGCAAACUCUUCAGGAAAAAAGAAAACACAAAGUUUAAAAGAAUACAUGUGGUAAAACUGUAAGAAGUUAAGUGGCAAUAAUGUCUUUGUCAGUGAUGUGUACUUCAUUAUAUAUUAAACAAACUAUACCGAGCAUCAAAAGAAACUUAUCACUAUUAUAACACAGCGCCUUCGUGCAAUUGGCAUGCUGGAGGCUGGACUAGGGCAGCGUACUGUGGCUCUGCGUCUUGUGUGCUCACAGCCAGCAAUUUCAAACUUGGCGAGACGGUAUAACCAGACACACUCUGUCAAUGACAGGCCACGAACUGGGAGACCAAAAGUCACAACACCUGCCCAAGAUCGGCAGAUCAUUUUGCAGCAUCUUUGUGAUGUCAAUUGUUAAUCAGCACAAUAAAAAGUCACUGCACCUGCUCUAAAACAGAGUUCACAUCUAGUGAAUUGUAUCCAAAUAUAACUGCUAAGUUUCUUUUGAUGCUCAAAUAUAAGUGAUAAGUUUAUUUUGAUGCUGAGUAUACAUUUAGCGUUUCAUUACAAAUCAAAUACACAACAUCAUUUGUGCAGCUUUCAAACGUGGGAGAUACGAAGUGAUGCCAAUACAUAUAUUAGGUAAGAUUUAGUAGAAUUAUUUAGUUAGUUCAGUGUACUUUAGGGUUGUACUAUUUUCUGGUCAGAUUAGUAAUGGAUAGUAAUGUCUGAGAGAAGGUAGGCUAACAAUGUGCAAUAUAUACAUGAAUAAUAGAUAUUUUUUAUAUUAUUGUAGUUUACGACAUGUUGGAUAUAUUUAAUAUUUUAAAAACUGUACAUUAUUUAAAAAUGUAUUAAAGAUGUUUUUGUAGUGAGAAUACAAAUAUUGUUUUGUAUGUCUACACUAAAUGGAAAAUAGAUUUGAAAUAUAUACUGUCCUGUAUAUUAAGUAUUUUAACUAGUGUGUACCACACACCUUUAAAAAAAAAAAAGAAGAAGAAGAAUAUAUAUAACUACGGUUCAAAAUAAUAUACAGAAAAACAAGCCCAGUUUUUUUCAUAUACUGUAGUAAAUAAAUCAACCUAAAGUAGUACAUUCAAAUACAAAUAGACUUUGCAUUGCAGUUAGCAUAGUAUUCACUAGCAUGUCUUCAGAAUAAUAAAUAAUAAAUAAAUAAUUUCUUUCUUAGCAGACGCCCUUAUCCAGGGCGACUUACAAGAUAUCACAUUAUUUUUACAUACAAUUACCCAUUUAUACAGUUGGGUUUUUACUGGAGCAAUCUAGGUAAAGUACCUUGCUCAAGGGUACAGCAGCAGUGUCCCCACCGGGGAUUGAACCCAUGACCCUCCGGUCAAGAGUCCAGAGCCCUAACCACUACUCCACACUGCUGUAAACAAUAAAACAAAUUGUUUAACUAA